AUGGCAAUGGCACCUCUUAUCAUCAUCAACAAACCCACCUUCUUCCCUUUUAUCACACUCUUAUUUGCUACCCUUUUCUGUAUCCCAUGUCUUGCUCAUCCCAGUUCUUCCCAUGAUCAACUUAAUGCUCUCCUCAAAUGGAAAUCAACCCUCCAAACCCAAAACCACACCAUCUUACUUCCUUCAUGGACCCAUCAAACAACGUCAUCGCCAUGCAACUGGUAUGGGAUUUCCUGCAAUUCCGAUGGCACCAUUGCCAGGUUGAACCUUUCGUCUUCUUCCUUAAACGGUACUCUACAACACUUCUCGUUUUCAUCGUUUCCAAACCUUACACAUUUGGAACUUAGUUUAAACUACUUUUCUGGAAUCAUCCCAUCUGAGAUCGGUCUCCUGGUAAACCUCGUGUAUCUUGAUUUUUCUUCUAAUCAAUUCUCCGGGAUAAUCCCACCGGAAAUUGGACGUUUAACAAAUCUUGUCACCCUUCACUUGUUUGAUAAUCAGCUGAUCAAGGGUUCGAUUCCGCGAGCCAUAUGCGAGAUGAGGUUCCUUUCUGAGCUUGCUUUGUAUAACAACACGAUUUCCGGUUCUAUUCCUACUUGUUUGGGUCAGUUGUCUAAAUUGAGUUAUAUUUAUCUCAAUUAUAACAACAUUUCUGGUUCCAUUCCUUAUGAACUGGGAAAUCUUUCUGAUCUUGAAGAGCUUCAUAUGAACAACAACUAUCUUACUGGUUCUAUUCCCACAACUUUUGUCAAUCUGAAGAAGCUAACCGUCUUGAUUCUCUUCGAGAAUCAUUUAAAUGGAUCAAUCCCCACAGAUAUUGGCAAAUUGAAGUCCCUCCGAUGGGUGGAGCUCCAAAUGAACAAUCUCAGYGGUCCGAUUCCWSRGUCUUUAGGUGARCUCRRRUCYCUYYRUCUUCUUCGUCUMYACUCGAACAAACUUUCUGGUCCMCUWCCGCAAGMGUUAGGAAAUWUGAUAUCCCUUUCUWMUCUGSAAUURGGKRKCAAYCAACUCAAYGGUUCCAUUCCAYCUUCRUUUGRUAAWCUASARARUUUAGAAAKAUUKUCUCUWAGKRAMAAUCAAUUWUCUGGUYYMWUUCCACAAGAAAUGGRAAAACUGAAGCUGAYUSUAAUAGAAAUUACYAACAACAGYUUUUCYGGUAGUUUGCCKGAUAAAAUCUGYRRCRGAGGGAMACUURAGAKGCUYYUAGUUGGWRAUAAUAAUYUYACWGGUCRAAUUCCRARKAGUUUGUACAACUGUUCGAGUUUGAUUCGAGUACGUUUUGAUGGAAACCAGAUCACCGGAGAUMUUUCSGARAGCUUYGGUGUCUAUSYGCAUCUCAAUUACAUCAAUCUYAACGAUAAUAAGGUUYAYGGGGAACUCUCUAACAACUGGAGUAAGUGUAGAAACYURACCACKAUGCAGAUGGGAGGGAAUCGAAUCAGUGGCAAUAUACCUCCUUCUUUCGGAAACUCACCAAAACUAGAAGUACUUAAUCUUUCUUCUAAUGAUUUGGUCGGAGAGAUACCGAAAGAAUUUGGAAGGAUAUCUGGCCUGGUGAACCUUUAUUUAAGCAAUAACCAGCUUUCUGGUGUCGUGCCGAUGAAUCUAGGAUCGCUAGAUGAACUCUCGUAUCUUGAUCUGUCGAUGAACAAGUUUAAUGAGCGGAUUCCAUCUUCUUUAGGGAAUUGCUCAAAACUCUUUCACUUAAACUUGAGCAACAACRRAUUUACUCAYGARAUCCCRGUUCAAAUCGGUMGAUUGUUUCACUUAUMUGWUCUUGAUCUGAGUCAUAAUUCGCUCACYRGMGAGAUACCAUCUUCKCUYUCAAGUCUSAMUAGUUUGGAGACGCUCRAUCUUUCUCACAAUCAACUKUCUGGUUAUAUUCCGAAGACCAUGGAAUCAAUGAACGCAUUAUGGAGCAUUGAUCUCUCGUAUAACCAGUUGGAAGGYCCGAKUCCCKUUAGCAAAGGCUUKAUGAAUGUUUCGRUAGAAGGGAACARAGGUUUGUGCGGUAAUGUUAACGGAUUGCMGCGAUGUAGAUCAAUAACGCAAACCCGAAAUCGAAACCAUAAACUUGUGCUUUUGAUUUCCCUUUCACUUCUUGGAGCGUUUUUAUUUUGUGGUCUUUCGGGAAUUUUCAUCUUUUAUUGGAGAAAGAAAAGGCCAUCGAUGGACGAUGAAGAUAAAAAUGGCGAAGAUUUCUUUUCGAUUUCUACUUUUGAUGGAAGGAAGACUUACAAUCAAAUCCUGAAGGCAACCGGGGAGUUCAAUGGAGCGUAUUGCAUCGGAAAAGGAGGAUGCGGGAGUGUAUACAAAGCGAAUAUGGCAUCGGGUGAAACAGUUGCGGUGAAGAGACUUCAUUCGUCCUCAGAAAUGGUGAAUCGYGWUGAUUUUCUKAAMGAARUUAGGGCAUUGACGAGAAUAAGACACCGAAACAUCGUGAAACUACAUGGGUACUGUUCGCACGCUCAAAACUCGCUUCUGGUUUACGAGUAUUUUGAAGGGGGUAGUUUGGUUGAAAGCUUGAACAACGACGAAGUUGCUCAAGCUUUCGAUUGGAACAAGAGGGUGAACGUUAUCAAAGGUGUCGCUCAUGCUUUAUCUUACAUGCACCAUGACUGUUCACCCCCAAUUGUUCAUCGAGACAUAUCGAGCAAAAAUAUUUUGCUCGAUUCGGAAUGUGAAGCGUGUGUUUCGGACUUUGGCACGUCCAAGAUUUUGAAUCUCGAGUCAUCUAACUGGAGUAACCUUGCCGGAACGUACGGAUACCUUGCACCAGAACUUGGUUGUUCCAUGAAGGUAACAGAAAAGUGUGAUGUUUAUAGUUUCGGGGUUCUAACGUUAGAAGUGAUGAAAGGAGAGCAUGCAGGUGAUCUAAUUACUUUUUUAACGUCAUCGUCGACUGAAAACAUUGAGGUCAAGGAUUUGUUGGAUCAUCGUCUUCCGGUUCCCAGCCCAAAAAUGAAGAAAGUUAUAACAUCGAUUUUGAUCAUAGCAAUAAGAUGUGUGAAUUCGAACCCAAAAAUAAGGCCUACCAUGUAUGAUGUUUCCCAGAAAAUUGCAUGUUUUAUUUCUGACAUGUGA